GGGUACUAUUCGUAAAUUAUAACAAUGACAGAAGUAAAAAAGGAUGAUGUUAUAAAAAUUCUUCAUACCUAUCCGCUUUGUAGAAAAUGUGAUAUGUCUGAUGAAAUGAAGCAAGAGGCAAUGGAAUUAUGUGUGACUGCAGCAGAAAAAUAUGCAGAUAACUAUGAAAGCGUGUCUAGAAUGAUCAAAGAGACAAUGGAUAAAAGAUUUGGUGCAUCAUGGCAUACUGUUGUUGGAGAAGGCUAUGGCUUUGAAAUAACUUAUCAAUUGAAACACCUUUUGUAUAUGUACUGUGCUGGCAAUUUAGCAAUAUGCAUAUGGAAAUCUGCAUAGUACAGCUUUGAUGACUGCAUAAUGCAUUCAACAAACUAUAUGUGUGAAAUUAUUUUUUUGUGAGUGUGAAAAUGUGUGUUUACAACAUAAAUUGUAAUGAUAUAAAAAAAAGAAAAGGAAUAUUUUAAUUUAUUCUUGUGUGAGUCAAAUCUCUA